GCAUAGCAAGCAUUUUGAACUUUGAUAAGUAUCUUUCCAUUAUUUGUUAACAAAGUAAGUGCCAAGUGCUCUGUUUCUCAAGAAAGGAACAUAAUAAGAGAUGUUUCAAAACAUUGUGAAGGGCCUCACCAGCCACGAAAACAAGAACAAAAGUGAUCACAUGAUUAGAGGGAAAGUAGUUUUGAUGAAGAAAAAUGUUCUUGACUUUAACGAUUUGAGUGCUUCCUUUCUUGAUGAUCUUCAUGAGUUUGUGGGCAAAAGGGUUUCUCUCCAACUUGUGAGUGCUGUUAAAGUUGAUCCUGGUAAUGACAUGAAAGGAAAAGUUGGGAAGGCUGAAUAUUUAGAAGACUGGAUUACGACAAGCACACCUUUGAUAGCAGGCGAAUCAACAUUCAGUGUUACAUUUGAUUGGGAUGAGGAUAUAGGAACACCUGGAGCAUUUAUAAUAAAGAAUAAUCAUCACAGCGAAUUCUACUUAAAAAGUUUCACACUUGAAAAUGUUCCAAGUCAAGGUGUUAUCCACUUUAUUUGUAAUUCUUGGGUAUACCCUGCACAUAAAUAUGAAAAGGAUCGCAUUUUCUUCAGUAACAGGACAUACAUUUUAAGUGAAACACCAAAGCCACUUCUUGAGUAUAGAAAAGAAGAGCUAGAAAGUUUAAGAGGCAUUAGAAAUAACCAGCAACUUCAAGAAUGGGACAGAGUGUAUGAUUAUGCAAACUACAAUGAUUUGGGGGAUCCUGAUAAAGGUCCACAAUAUGCCCGUCCAAUUCUAGGAGGGUCAAGUCAAUAUCCUUAUCCUCGAAGGGGAAGAACUAGUAGACCACCCACAAAAUCAGAUGCUAAUAGUGAGAGUAGAUUGAACCUUGCAAUGAGCUUAGACAUCUAUGUUCCAAGGGAUGAAAGAUUUGGUCACUUGAAAUUGACAGAUUUUCUUGCUUAUUCAUUAAAAGCUGUAGUUCAAGUUAUCAAACCUGAAUUGGAAUCUCUGUUUGACAACACUCCUAAUGAGUUUGAUACUUUGGAGGAUGUACUCAAACUUUAUGAAGGUGGGAUUAAGGUGCCUCAGGGUUUGGUUAAGGGAAUUAGGGAUAACAUCCCUGCAAAAAUGCUCAAACAAAUUUUUAGAAUUGAUGGUGAAAACUUUCUCAAAUAUCCCGUUCCUCAAGUGAUUAAAGAGGAUAAAUCUGCAUGGAGAACAGAUGAAGAAUUUGCUAGAGAGAUGUUGGCCGGCGUAAAUCCUGUCAUAAUUUGUUGUCUCCAAGAAUUUCCUCCAACAUCUAAGCUAGAUCCUACGGUCUAUGGUGAUCAAUCCAGUAAAAUAAGAAAAGAACACAUCGAAAGCAACUUGGAUGGACUCACAGUUGAAGAGGCAAUCACACAAAAGAAGUUGUUUAUAUUGGAUCACCAUGAUGCACUCAUACCAUACUUAAGAAGAAUAAAUUCCACUUCCACAAAGACUUAUGCUAGUAGAACAAUUCUUUUCUUGCAAAACAAUGGUACUUUGAAGCCAUUGGCCAUUGAAUUGAGUUUGCCACAUCCAGAAGGAGAUAAAUAUGGUGCCAUUAGUAAAGUUUACAUGUCUGCAGAGGAUGGUGUCGAAAAUUCCAUCUGGCAAUUGGCUAAAGCUUAUGUAGCAGUAAACGACUCUGGCUAUCAUCAACUUAUUAGCCACUGGUUGCAUACUCAUGCAACGAUUGAGCCAUUCAUUAUAUCUGUGAACAGACAACUUAGCGUGCUUCACCCUAUUCAUAAACUAUUGCAUCCACACUUUCGCGAUACAAUGAAUAUAAAUGCACUUGCACGACAAAUCCUCAUCAAUGCAGGUGGCAUUUUAGAGGCCACUGUUUUCCCAUCCAAGUAUUCCAUGGAGAUGUCAUCUAUACUUUAUAAGGAUUGGGUUUUCCCAGAACAAGCAUUGCCAGUAGAUCUUGUCAAGAGAGGAAUGGCUAUUGAAGAUUCAACGCUUCCACGUGGCCUACGAUUAUUGAUCAAUGAUUACCCUUACGCUGUUGACGGGCUAGAGAUUUGGUUUGCCAUCAAAACAUGGGUUCAAGAUUAUUGCUCCUUUUACUACAAAAAUGACGACACGGUGAAGAAAGAUGAGGAGCUACAAUCUUGGUGGAAGGAGUUAAGAGAAGAAGGUCAUGGUGACAAGAAAGAUGAGCCAUGGUGGCCAAAGAUGCAAACACUUGAAGAGUUGAUUGAAUCUUGCACAAUCAUUAUAUGGAUUGCUUCAGCUCUUCAUGCUGCAGUAAACUUUGGACAAUACCCUUAUGCAGGUUACCUACCAAACCGACCAACUAUAAGUCGUCGAUUCAUGCCUGAGAUAGGAACUGCAGAGUAUGAUGAACUUGUGUCAAAUCCUGAUAAGGUUUUUUUGAAAACAAUCACUGCACAAUUGCAAACUCUUAUUGGUAUUUCACUUAUAGAAAUAUUGUCUACUCAUUCUUCUGAUGAGGUCUAUCUUGGACAAAGAGACACUGUGCAUUGGACAUAUGAUGCAGAGCCUUUGGAAGCAUUUGAAAGGUUUGGAAAGAAAUUGAGAGAAAUUGAAGGGAAAAUUGUAGCUAUGAAUGAUGAUGUUAGACUUAAAAAUCGAGUUGGAGUGGUUAAAAUGCCAUACACAUUACUUUAUCCUACUGGCGAAAGUGGAUUAGCUGGCACUGGCAUUCCUAAUAGUGUCUCCAUCUGAAAUGCCAAAAUUAUUCCACAUACUCUUCUAAUUAGAUACUGCAUUUAAAUAAGGAAUCAUCACCUAAAAAAAAAACAUGAAAAUGGAGUAGCAUGGCUGUAGGGUGAAAUAAUGUGCCUGUCUCUUACCACUAUGAUAAUCUUAUCAGUUAAGUUUGUAUUUAUUUAUUUUAAAUUUAAUAUUUAUAGUUCAAACUACA